AUGGGACCCGGCGGAUACGGUGCACGUCCGCCUCAUCGCGGUGAGUCUGGCAGCAGCGUGGCCUCUGGACGUGCGCCCGCGCCCGCGCCCAAGAAGCGGCCAUUGACGAUCGAGCUAUUAGACGAGAUGCGCCAGCGUGCGAAGAACAGCAAUGAUCCGGCAGCACAGCUGGAGUAUGCGAAGGCAUUGAUCGAGGCAGCGGUGACGUUCGGUAACGAUGAUCCGGAUCCGAAGCGGCAAAAGAAGAACAAGGAGGCGCUCUUUAUGGAGGGACUGAAGAUCAUCAAGCGUCUGGCGACGACGGGCAUGGGCGUCGGCAAACCUGCGUACCCGGACGCACAGUUCUUUUUGGCGAACUGUUACGGCAACGGAUCAUUGGGUCUGCAGAUCGAUCAUGACAAGGCCUUCAAUUUGUAUAUCCAGGCCUCGAAACAAAACCAUCCGGCUGCGACGUACAGGACCGCGGUGUGCCAUGAGCUCGGAGCGGGCACGAAGCGUGAUCAUAGUCGAGCGGUGCAGUUCUACCGCAAGGCGGCCUCGUUGGGUGAUACGGCCGCGAUGUACAAACUGGGAAUGGUGAUACUGAAGGGAUUGUUGGGUCAACAGAGUAACCCACGCGAGGCGAUUACGUGGCUCAAGCGAGCGGCGGCGAAUGCAGAUGAGGACAACCCACAUGCGUUGCAUGAGCUCGGUCUGUGCUUCGAAAAGGCUGGUAUUCCGUCGGUGAUCCCGGAUGAGGCCUACUCGAGGGAGCUGUUCACACAGGCGGCCGGGUAUGGGUAUGCGCCAAGUCAGUUCAAGCUGGGACAUUGCUAUGAAUAUGGACUGUUGACGUGUCCAGUGGACCCGAGGAGGAGUAUUGCCUGGUACACGCGGGCGGCAGAACAGGGCGAUGCGGAAAGUGAGCUCGGGCUAUCGGGUUGGUACCUGACGGGAUCUGAGGGGGUGUUGAAGCAGAGCGAUACGGAAGCGUACCUGUGGGCGCGCAAGGCUGCAGAUAAGGGACUUGCACGCGCGGAAUAUGCCGUCGGAUACUACUCUGAGGUCGGAAUUGGUGUGAAGCAGGAUCUGGAGGAAGCGAGGCGGUGGUACUUGCGGUCGGCUGCACAGGGCAACGGACGUGCAAAGAAGCGAUUGACGGACAUGAAGAAACUGGGAGCGAUGCGUCGAGUGCGUCCGGAGCGUGGUCGUCAGAACGGACAGCAAGGUCCCGAGGAUGAAAACUGCAAAGUGAUGUAG